UAUCUAGCCUUAACAAGUCCUUUAUAUUUGGUGGUGUACCAGCGGAUCAGUUAGAAAUAGCUAGUUACCUGACAAACGGGAUAUCCACUUUAGGCUUAACUGGGUGCAUACGAAAUGUACAAAUCAAUGGACGUAUGAUUGAUUUCGCUCGUCUUUUUGGAGCACCAGUAGACAAGAUGACCGGAAUAGAGGAACACGACACUGAAAUGUCUUCACCAGAAGCUAAGCAUCAUGGAACAGCCAUAGGAAUACUACCGGGUUGUCGAAUGAACAAUGAAAAAUCCAGCUACCAAGAAUCUCCGUUAGAAUUGCCAUUGUAUAACAGACAGAACGAAAAUCCAAAUACAGAUUAUUGA